AUCUCUUCUAUAGACACUGGAGUAGCUAACAGACUGUAAUGGCUCGCUCGUAUUUCUAUGCUUGUUUCUCUCUCCUGGUCAGUCUUGUUCCGUUGGCAGCAUUUCCUCCUCAGUUUAUGCCAUCAGAAUGGCAAUCCAGAUCCCACUACUCCAUUACACUCACUGGAAUUCUCAGAGCAGCAGCUUCUUUUAUUGAGGAAUAUGAUUUGCUGAACACAACUGAAUCUGAUCGAAGUCGAAUAGUUUCGAUGUACUUUGGGGAAGAUGGGAAUUCCUUUAGAGCUUUUCUUCAAACAAUCAACAAAAUUGUAGCUUUUGAAAAUGAAAUUCAGAGAGAUUUUGCAAGUGUUGCUUUCUACCAUGUUAAUGCUGAACAAAUUAUUACAGCACACAAUUACAUAAGGUCUCUGAGGCGACAGAUCCAGACACUGGCAUCAUCGGAUAAACCAGACAUUGAGUUAAUUCAGGAAAAGCUGGGCUAUUGUUUGUACACCAUACAAGCCUUUUACAGUAAUACCAACUGGGUAGAACUGAAUGGAGACACACACUAUGCAGAUUUUGGCCAAGAAAAUGUUACUUUGAUCGAUAUUGCUGAUUCUACCGAAAAGUCCUGCAAAAGUUGUGGCAAAGACAACAGUGGAAUCUACAACUGCACUGAUAACAUCAUCACCACAAAAUUAACAAGUGGCUACAGGGCUGGUCAGGACAUAUCAAAACCCACAGAGCCACUUGGAGCAAUCUUUGGUAAAUGCAGUCACGGAACAUCUGAUGAUAGCUCACGCACUGACCCAGCAACUGGCGGCAUUUACAAAGGCCGAGUAUCAAUGGACAGUGCACCACAUCAUAAGUGGCACCAUCAAGCUUGGGAAGCCGCUGCCAAAGCAACUCACCAUUUUUUAAUGGAUAAAAAAACUGGUAUGAGAAACAUCUUAGGAUCAGAUCUGUUUAAAGAGGUUCUCCAUAUCAAAUCAAGGCAAGAAGUAACGAAAAAUUCUCUAGCUUUCGUAAUUGAUGUAACCGGGUCUAUGUCUGGUGAAAUUGCGGGUGUGAAAAGGGCAACAGUAAAACUUGUGGAGGAAUCAAGAAACUCUAUAUUUGUACCAGAAAAAUACAUCCUAGUCACAUUCAGUGACCCAGAGAAUUUGACGACAGCAAGGGAGACUACCGACUGGAACCAAAUGAUAGACUUCCUGCAGGCUCUAAGCGUGAGCGGAGGCGGAGAUUGUCCUGAAUAUGCCUUGUCAGGCAUGCUUCUAGCAAUAAACAUGUCAAAUCCAGGCUCUCAGAUUAUAUUCUGCUCUGAUGCUAGUGCCAAAGAUGAGAAUAAGCGUGAUGACGUAGUAGAGGGUUUGAAAUCAAAAUCUCUGAAAGCUACUUACCUACUAACCGGCACGUGCACAACACGAAAAAGGAGAGAAACGCACAGACAGAAAAGAAGCACUGGGUACAAGCUAUUUGAAGACAUAGCUGCGGAAGCGGGAGGCCAAGUAAUGAGAACAACGACUUCAGAGAUAGAGACAGCUGUCGAACGUGUAGUAAAGACAAGCUUACCUUCAUCCAUCGUCAAUGUCAAAUGGUAUCUAUGGAAAACAUCACUUUCAUCAACUGUCAAAAUCAACGUGGAUAGUUCCAUAACAGUUCUGAUUAUUCAGAUAUCUGGCCCUACUACUAAUUCUGAUGUCACACUGAGAGAUCCAACAGAUUCGGAGGUGACGUUUUCAACUGAUGGUAAAACGAUCUCCCUCAGCUUUAAUGAUAUGACCAUGAGUAUUCAGUCUCCGAUGGCUGGUAACUGGACACUAAUACGAAACACCAUGUCCAGUACAUGGAAUCUGAACGUGACGGCGCAAAGUGACAUCGAUUUAUCUGUAAACCUAUUGGAAACAUCGGAUGACGGAAUGGCAUACCAAGUCUAUACAAAUCCAGUUUUAGGUUUCAACUAUACAGUUGCUAUUGAUGUACAGAAUUUGCCCGCAAAUGCCACAAUCGACAGGGCACAUUUGUUAGAUAACACAUGGUCAGAAGUAAAUGUUUUACAACUCACCAAUGUAACGUCUGAAGGAGUGUCCCGGUUCUCAUCUGCAUUAACUAUUAAUGAAAAGGUAAGCGGUGUACAAAUAGAGGGCACAGACGCUUUCGGAAAUCUUAUUGUAAGAGUCACGCGUUUUGAAAUCAUGCCAGUGGGGGUUCGAGUAAAGAUUCUUCCCUCUACAAAUGACUUAAAAUUCAAUGACGAGUCAAUGGUUACAUAUGAAAUUACAAACACUGGCAAUGUGGAGGCAUCGUUUAAAGUUGACAUUUCCGAUGAUAAAGGCUACCUACUUUCAUCAAACAGCACUGAUAUUAAUCUUCAAGCUGGUGAGACUGAAGUCAAAACAAUCAACUUAAAUGGGACUCAGAGCGGUUCUACAGUCUACUAA